CGUUACAGUAACGAUGCCAGGACUCGCAGACUUACCCGUGGAACUGUUGCUCGAUAACCUGCUACCCGCUCUCACCAUUCCUGAUUUGCUCAGCCUGUCGCAGACAAGCAGGUUCUUUGCGUCAUUGGGCGACGAUGACACCCUUUGGAAACGGAAGCUCGCGCAAGAUUUCAACUUCACCGGUCAAGGGACCGCACGAACAAGCGGAUGGAAGUUCAUCUACAGAGGACUCCGCAAGCCAAAGGUCUUCGUAUGGGGGCAGAACGACAACGGCAGACUGGGCUUGCCAGGGCUACAUGACCGGGACGUUCCCGCACCCGUAGAAUUGAAAAUCCCAGGUGCUCGCAUAGUCGCUCUGGCAGCGGGUGGAAUGUCAUUCCACGCGAUUGACUCUGAGGGACAGGUCUAUGUCUGGGGCACUCUGGACGGAUCGUCGUAUUCUCUCCAGAAUGACGGCUAUGCCAACCCAAGUAAGGAAGCUCCGAAACCGAUGAAACUCGAACUCCCUCAACCAAUCCGCUCGAUCAACUGCGGUCGCCUGCAUGCUACGGCUCUUGCAGCAGAUCUCUCCGUAUACUCUUUCCUGUCAUGGGGGCUGCCCUUCAAAGUGAACAGUCAUCUCCUCGACUUGUCGGACCCGGACUCUACUCCUCGUCAAGUCGAGAGUGGCUGGGCUUACUCCGCCGUGUUGACCGAAUCGGGCAACGUUCUAGUUUGGUGGCCAUUCCUGCCUCCGGAUGACGAGCCCGCGGAAGGUCAGCCCGAAGGAAGUCACAUCGGGAUUGCUCAUGACCUGAAGAUGGAGGAAUUCGACAAGAAGGCUCGUGAGGGCGAUGAUCGAUUCAAGGUGAAAUCCAAAAAGAACUCGUCCGGCGUGGACUCGAUCCCGUGCAUACUAUGGGAUCUGCGGUUCGAUCCCUUGAUAAUCCGGCCCCCGCCCGCGGCGGACCUGCCUGACUUCGAUCCUCCUGUUUCGAAAGAAUGGGAGGACAAAUGGACUAGGCCCUCCAUUGACACCGUGAAGAACACCAACAUUGUCAAGAUUGCUGCCUUGGACAACGUGUUGAUGGCCUUGACGGACAAAGGUCACGUACUGCGUUAUCGCGGUUUGAGCAACGCCGAAAAUGCGCAGCAAGGGCGUUGGGAAUAUAUGCCUUAUUUCAGUGAACUGAAGAAGAUAAAAAGGCACCCCACCUACUCCGACCCCAAAGACCCUGCCGAACACGUAGAACCACCCAAGCAGAUGCACAUAUCACACAUAUCCGGACAUUUCAACACGUUCAUUGCAUAUUCGCCUGCUACGGGUCCAUCGAGCACGUCCGUUGUACUGAUUGGCAAAGUUGACUCCAGCCCGGACGCGAUGCCGGACAUACCUCCCGCUCUCCAGAACCGGGACGUCAUCGCGGUAUGCAUCGGAGACUAUCACUACGGAGCUCUCACGUCCACUGGUAAGCUCGUGACCUGGGGCUCAUAUUCUCGAGGGGCUCUUGGACUCGGCGACCCGAGAGAAAUCCCAGCCGGUGCUCCGGGAGGAUAUGCCGAGGAAAGGCAGCGCCUCGCCGCCAUUGAUGGGCGGCGCCCAACCCCUGCGAACGUCAAUGUGCCGUCCGAAGUUCGCUUCGAUCACGCCGCGAGGAAGCAGGGUCGCGCUCGUGAACGGUUUUGCUUCCAUGCUGCAGCCGCUGGAUGGCACUUUGGAGCACUGGUCAUUGAUCUCGACCCCGAUGACGAAGCGGUCUCCGAAACACCACAACUCAUAGAAGAUCAGGAGCUUGACCCUGAAAACUUGCCUGGAGGCAGCUGCUUCCCUUUGCCAUCCCAGACUCCAGGUUCGUCUCCAUAAUUCCCGGGUGUUGUUGUCUGACGGCUACCAGGUGGCCCUUUGAUGCCAAUUAUUCCAGGGGGCAUCGUUCCUCCUGGGCAGUCUGGACACGUUAUCCGCGGUCAUCAUAGGGGCGGUCCAUUUAGGAUUGGAUUCGCCGGUAGGGGCAGGAACAUCCAUCCCGGCGGGAAUGGGAACGCUCCUAACCGAGGCAACCCGUCGUGAAAAC